AAAAGGAAAAAGGAAAAAUGAAAUGGACAAAACAAAAAUAUAGAGGUGGAUAUACCAAAUGCUUGGCUGAGGGGCUUUCAGCUUUUCACUUUUUCAUGGUCAUCGACAAGUGUAUGCGAGUGUUUUUCUUCUUCUUAAUUUAUUUUGGUUAAACCAGACCCAGAUAAGAAAAAGAGGAAGAUGAAGAGGCAAUGAUACAUGUAUGUCCAACAGUCCAAAUCAAUGGCUUCGCUCUGUCUGAAUUCUCUGCCUCUGCCACCACCUUCCCAACCUCGCAAACUACUGGAAACUUCUUCUUCAUCGUCUUCUUCUCUGACUGCUGGUAUUGGUUAUGGCAAAGGUGAAGCUUUGAAGCCCAUAGUUGUCAGUGGAAACCCCCCAACUUUUGUUUCUGCUCCUGGUCGCCGAAUUGUUGCCGUUGGGGAUUUACAUGGAGACCUUGAACAAACAAGAUGUGCGCUUGAGAUGGCUGGAGUCUUGAGUUCUGAUGGUCAAGACAUAUGGACUGGUGGAGGAACGGUAUUGAUUCAACUGGGUGAUAUACUUGAUCGCGGUGAAGAUGAAAUAGCUAUUUUGUCCUUGUUGAGGUCGUUGGAUGCACAGGCCAAAUCUCAAGGUGGAGCCGUUUUUCAGGUUAAUGGAAAUCAUGAGACUAUGAAUGUGGAAGGGGAUUUCAGAUAUGUGGAGCUGGGGGCAUUUGAUGAGUGUAUUGAUUUCCUGGAAUACAUGAAUGACCAUGGAGGUACCUGGGAAGAAGCUUUUGUUGAUUGGAUUGGUAUCUCCGAAAGGUUGAAAGAAGAUCGCAAAAUAUACCAGAAUCCUUGGGGUCCCUUUAAUUUAGUGAAGAGACAAAAGGGGGUUAUUGCUAGAUCAAUUCUUCUAAGACCUGGUGGUCGUUUGGCAUGUGAAUUGGCACGGCAUGCUGUUGUUCUCAAGGUUAAUGAUUGGGUCUUCUGUCACGGUGGCCUUCUUCCUCACCAUGUUGUAUAUGGCAUUGAGAGGUUAAAUCAGGAAGUAUCUUUCUGGAUGAGAGGUCUCAAUGAGAGUGAUGAUGGUCCUCCCAUCCCAUUUAUAGCUACCAGGGGCUAUGAUAGUGUGGUCUGGAAUCGCUUAUACUCGAGGGACGCUUCCGAGUUGGAGGAUUAUCAAGUUGACCAGAUAUAUUCUAUUCUGCAAGAGACGCUGCAAGCAGUUGGUGCUAGGGGAAUGGUGGUUGGGCACACUCCUCAAACUACAGGAGUAAAUUGUAAAUAUGAUUGCAGCAUAUGGCGUAUUGAUGUGGGCAUGUCGAGUGGAGUUCUUAAUUCUAGACCAGAGGUGCUGGAAAUACGUGACAAUAAUGCAAGAGUUAUAAGGAGUAAAAGGAAAACAUUUAGUGAACUUCAGGUUGUUGACUAUACAUGACAAGCAGCUAAAUUAACAUGGAAAGUGGGCAACCAAAGACUUGAAAAUGGACUUAAAUUUGACUGUUUCGUUUUCCUUUUAGUGCAUUUUCAGGAGAUACAUUACAGGUGGGAUCCUUCAAAGUCUUAUUUGUUUCGGUUUCAUGUUGGAUAAUCUGACCAGGGCUAUCAUUGUUUGCACAAAAAGGAGUACCAAGUUCAAACUAUUAAACUGCAGAAAGAGCAGGACUUGCAUGGUUUUUCCAUUUGUAAGCGCAGAGGAAACGGAAGCAACUGCAACAUCAUAGUCAUGAAAUGAAAUCGUAUUUGGUGGCAUGUUUCAGAAAUAUCGAAAAUUUCUUUCUACUCUGUAAUAUGGAAUAAUAAAAACAUUGCUGCCAUAUUUUUUCAUAAUUCGGCCAUAUCAUUUGUAUUGUUGACUGAAUAAUAUAUACAAUAUAUACUUUUUUUUUGGGCCGAAAA